UCUGAGAAAUUGUAUUAUAGUAACCUGCCGAUGUGUUGAUAUUUUUGUAUGUCUUGCUUGCAGCUUUGCAUAGUGUGCUGCUGUGACAUACACAGCCUAGCUAAAAGCUAGCCACCUAGUUAGCUCAUUACUGCCACUGCCAGGAUCCAGCUACGUGGUCGACAUGGCGACCGACAAAAUACAACAAUAUUAGCUAUCAUAACAGCUGAAGGUUGAUGGCAUUUAAUUGGAAUUUGUCAUACCACAUACUGAGUGUUCAUAAUGUCUGAACAUUUAGAUGAAAAUUGAUGUUCGGAAUAGUUUUAUUUUAUUACAGUGGAAUCUGUCAGAUCUUUUGCAUCACUCUGUUUUUUCGAAAAGAAAACAAACCCCACGCGACAACACACUUUUUAGGAUCUUUGAAAAAGAAAGCAUCCGUCGAAGCUACAGUGCUUCCCCCAGAGACCUCCGUGGGUGACGAUGCCUGUGCAAGCGCCGCAAUGGACGGAAUUCCUGCUAUGUCCCAUCUGCACCCAGCUGUUCGAGGAGAGCCUCCGCAAGCCCAUCAGCCUGGGCUGCGGCCACACCGUCUGCAAGAUGUGCCUGAACAAGCUGCAUCGCAAGGCCUGCCCCUUCGACCAGACGGCUAUCGCCACCGACAUUGAGUUGCUGCCAGUCAACACAGCCCUGCUGCAGCUGGUGGGAGGACAGGUGCCCAAACGGCAGUCUACCACCUUGGUGACAGGGGCAGAGGACAUAGCCCACUAUGAGGAAGCCAGUGAGUGUGUGGAGGAGCUGGCUCAGUACCUGAAACCCCUGAGCAACAGCAGAGGUGUGGGGUUGAGCACCAGCAGCGCCCAGAGUUCUCUGAGUCGGCCUAUGCAGAGGAAGCUGGUGACCCUGGUGCACUGUCAGCUGGUGGAGGAGGAGGGCCGGGUGAGGGCCACGCGGGCGGCCAGGUCUCUGGGGGAGCGCACCGUCACUGAGCUCAUUCUGCAGCACCAGAACCCCCAGCAGCUCUCCUCCAACCUGUGGGCUGCAGUCAGGGCAAGGGGCUGCCAGUUUCUCGGCCCAGCGAUGCAGGAGGAGGCUCUGAAGCUGGUGCUUUUGGCUCUGGAGGACGGCUCCGCUCUAUCUAGGAAGGUCCUGGUGCUGUUUGUGGUUCAGAGGUUAGAGCCACGCUUCCCCCAGGCCUCCAAGACCAGCAUAGGCCACGUGGUGCAGCUCCUCUACAGGGCCUCCUGCUUCAAGGUGACCAAGCGUGAUGAGGACUCGUCCCUGAUGCAGUUGAAGGAGGACUUCUGGACGUACGAGGCGCUGCGGCGCGAACARGACUCCCAGAUCGUCCAGAUCGCAAUGGAGGGGGGCCUCCGCAUCGCCCCUGACCAGUGGUCUUCCCUGCUCUACGGGGACCAGUCACACAAGUCCCACAUGCAGUCCAUCAUUGACAAGUUGCAGACGCCAGCGUCGUUUGCUCAGAGUGUUCAGGAGCUGACCAUCGCCCUGCAGAGGACAGGUGACCCGGCCAACCUGAACCGCCUGCGACCACACCUGGAGCUGUUAGCCAACAUCGACCCAAGUCCAGACUCCCCUCCCCCCACGUGGGAGCUGCUGGACACGGGCUUGGUGGCAGUGAAGACUGUGGUACACGGCCUGGUGGACUUCAUCCAGAACCACAGCAAGAAGGGGAGUGACCCACAACAGCCACCCCAGCACAGUAAAUACAAGACGUACAUGUGUCGGGACAUGAAGCAGAAGGGGGGCUGUCCUCGAGGAACCAGCUGCACCUUCGCUCACUCUCAGGACGAGCUAGAGAAGUACCGUAAGAUGAACAAGCGUCUGGCUGCCCGCCGGCCCCUCAGCCUAUCCCUGACGCAGCUGAACGAGGUUGGCCUAUUGCCCGAGGAGGUGGGGAUGCUGGAGGGGCUGGCACAUAAGGGCUUGACGAAUGGCAUGGUGGCGUCGGUCACAGGCUCCGCCCUGCCCCAGCUCAUCUCCCGCGGUGCCGACCCCUCCUACGAGCCCAUGAUGCGGAAGCCCCAGUCCCAGGGAAGCCUCAGUGCCCCCAGCUCUCCUCCAGACUUACUGGACCCUGUGCCCAAUCGGGCCAUGGCCCACCCCAGGAUGGCAGUGGACCACCUGGCCAUGCACAAGCAGAUGCCCAGGAGGCCCUCCAUGUACCCCCCUCAGCAGGGAGAACUCUUCUACCCCCCUGAGCCCAGGGCACCUCCAUCAGCCCUGCAGUAUGAGGCCUCCCAGAACGCCCCAGGUAACCCCCCCUACCCCUACCAGCCCUCUCAGUACCCACCCCAGCCUCGCUACGUCCGGAACCCCCCUCCCACCAACGACCCGGCCUUGCCCCCCUACCCCGGCACCUACCCCCAGGAGCGCCAGUGUCCCCCUCAGCCCUCGAGUUCCCACUUCUCCAAUGCUAACCCCCAAGGGUUUGCGCCUCCUCCGCAUUAUGACGGCCGUCGACACCCCGCCUACCCCCCUCCACCACCACACUCCUAUCCCCACCGGGAGGACCCCUCCAUGCCUGCGGACGAGGCCUCCAGAGAAAGAUACCUUCCUGAGGGUUACCACCCCUCUGGCCCCCACCCCAGCCACAUGAGGCCCUACACCCCCAGGGAGUCUUACAACCGGCCCCAGCCCACUCCCAGUCUGGACUACUUGCACCGCCGACGCCAGGAGAUCAUGGCCCAGCUGGAAGAUGGGAAGCAGGUCACUCCCCCACCCUUCGCCCCCUCGCCUACUCUGCCACACCACUACGAGUCCAACUACACACAGGAGCAACAGCAGUACUUGGAAAACUCACAAGCGUUUUCAAAGUACCGCGAGCCAGACUACGCUAGCCAGUACUCUCCUUGGUCAUGUGACACUAUCGGCUCCUACAUUGGCAGCAAGGAGGGGAAGUCCAGAGACAGUAUGGAGAGGAUGAACGCUGAGGGGAAAGGUGUGGAAGGCAGGCGCAGGGCUGCCGAGGCCAGAGAUGACGACCCUAUCAUCCCCUUCGGCUCUCUGCCCACCGUGUCACGCUUCGGGGUGAUCUCCCGCACCCCCAAGACGGGCUACUUGACUGCCGGGCCAGGGCAGGCCAUGACCCUCUCACAGGGGACCAAUGGACCCAAACACGGCGCUGCAACAGGGUGGGGUGUUGCCGGGUACAGCCAGCCCUCUCAGGCCCACCUCAGUGAACGGCCAGUCAAGGAGAGGGAGCAGCUGACGAUGGAGCUCCAGCAGGUCAAUCAGCAGAUCAACAAGCAGACUGCCCAGGCGGACCAUCCCAGCCCGGAGGAGUGGUCGUCAGGGAGCGUCUCCAGCCAACAGCUGAGCCUGGAGCUCCACCAUGUAGAGAGGGAGAUCGGCAAGAGGACCCGCCAGAUAGCCCUGGAGCACCUUGUGAGUCAUGAUGGGAAUGGGGCGUAUAAGCUGAAGCCCACUGAGAACGGGCAGAGAGCAGAGCACUCGUUGGUCCUCAGUGAGGGCUGUAACGGUCCCAGUGGUGUUCUGCAGGACGGCAGUGUGUCCAGCGGUGGUUUGUCCUGCCUUACCAGCAAGACCUCGUCCCUCAGCCUGUCUGCAGACCCCAUCGCUGGGGGCACUGACCGAAAGACCAACGGCGUGGUCCACCUGUGCUCCUAGCCACACAACUGGAGUCUGGUAUUACCACCACAGCUACAACUAACCGAUCAGUCAACCACAUAGAGCCUUGGGAAACCCCUCGUCCUCUGAACGUUAGAACCGUUCCACUGUCAUUGAGACACACAACCAGGUCCUCCAAACUGUCUGGUAUACCCUACCUACAUCCACAUUUGCAAAAUCUGAUUGACGCCACUAAGACAAUUUUAACUUGAUUACAAAACGUGUAGAGAGAGGCGCCACCUCUCUCCUUGCUUAAAAUGGCAAGAGACCGUUCUAGGUUUCUUACAAAGAGGGAUUUGUGAUAGAAGGGCUAGGAGUAUCUAAGUAACUGAAAAAGCCACUGAUUUGCAAAUGUGGAUGUGGUGCCAUCAUAGACAACGGCGCUUCAUUUGAUACAACACAAAUUUGCACACUUGCAACUUUAGUCUGUCUACAACUAAGCAGUAUCUGCCCUGAAUUGAAUAUUUUUUCAUUUUAGUUUUUUUUGUUCUGUGAAUGAAUGUUUUUUUCAUAUAAAAUCUCACCCUGCCUUGGAAACCAGAUGUUUAGAUUUAUGCUCCAUGAACUCAAACCCAUUAAUGAUUAGAGGAAUAAUAUAACGAUGAGACCAGUUCCUUGGUUUCAAAUAGAUAAGGCCACCAUAAUCGCAUUGACAUUAAUUACAUCUGUUGUUAGCUUCACAAUGUGCAAUUUUCUUUAUUUUUUUUGUAGCAUCGCUACAGCAAUAUUUGUGCUUAGCAUAUAUGCAUGUCCUGAAAUGCGGAAUUUGUGUUUGGAAUUAAUUGUAAGUUCUUGUUUCUAAGCUGCAAUGCUUUUCGCCAACCAUUUUUUUUUUUUUUUUUGCGUUUCGUUAAGAUGUAAAUGUCCUCCUUCAGAGAACCAAGAGUCAAACUUAUCAAAAUAUCUCAAUCGCAUAGAAACAAUACUUGUUGGCAAACGGCUGUGAAUACGUUUGCGCAUAUCCAUGAUAAUACAAAUUGAAGAUGACACUGGCCUCUUGAAGGCAGAGAACGCCUUUCAACUGGGCAGUUUUGAGAUUUAGAUGAAACUAUCAGAUACAUUUUAACAAGAAGCAAAGGCUCCCUUGUGUCCACUUCAGUGGCCUGACCCUCUUUUUGCAUCUCCCCUCACCACUACCACCACCUUCAGGAUAUUUACUUCAGCCUCUACCAUCCAUGCUUUGGUAUGGGGCUGAUGAGGAAAAGGAUAUAUACAUUUAGGCUUGGCAUUCAAGCUGUCGUCUUUUGGGUGUAAUUUAAAUUCAGUGAUGGACUAGGUGGGAGGGAAUCAAAACAUGGAUCAAGCAUACGUCUGCCUGUUGAUGGGGUGGUCAGAGGUACUGGGUAUAUGGAGUAAAGGAAACAUGAACGAAGCCAGACAUGACCCAUGGCUGGAAUUUGAGACCUUGAUCUACAAAACAUAUUUGCACUUUCAUAGCUUUAAGGAUGGUUUGUACUGAGUAUAUGUAUUUAUUAAAUGUACAGUAUUUGCAUCCUGAGGAUGGAUAUAACAUUAAAAGGUCAAACUUAAAACCACAUUCUGUUUUAAGAACGUGUAGUUCAAGAUGGCCAUGGUUGCUCCCUAAGGUCCUAAUAGUGUUGGCCAUGUUGUACAGAGCAGGGUUCAAACAGCCACUCUGUUUUUAUACAUCAAUCUACUGUAAAAUUAUUAUUUUUUUUCUGUAGAGUUACGACAUGUUCACUUCCACAAUUGUGACACCCGGUAUGCUGUCAACAUACCCGUAACACCGCAAAUUACAGGAAAGGUGAAAUUCUUUUUUCAGUUCCUCAUCUCCACUCCUCUGAGCACCUUUUUCACCAAUCGCAGCAGACAUUUGUCUCGUUUUAAUUUAUUUUAACUUCCAAGAAGUUGCUCUAGUAAAAGGGGUUGUGAUGCGUUCCUGGAGAAGGCUUUAAUCAUUUGUAGAUGGGGGUCGAUGCAUAGGAGGUGACAGGCCACUGAACUGGGCUAAGGCAGAACUACAGUUAGCAAAGCAGUUAGCAUCACUGGAGACAACCACAGCACCACCACACAGGGUGAGAGGAGACUAGGAAAGGCAUUUUGACGACACCAAAUAAGUGCUUUUUCCCAAAUAUGAACAAAUGAAGUGCUGCAGUUGCAUUAUCUGCAUUACUUUUACAUUUUUUACGUGCUUAAAUUAUCGCCACCCCUCACACAGAUGCAAUUUGUUAUUCUCAGAUGCAUGCGAACUAUGAAAUUAAGUACUACAAGCUUACUUUCCUUCUUGGUAAGAUUAAUUUGCAGAAUGUAUUCAAAGGUGUCAUAUUGUGAAAUGGUGGCUGGGAUAUUCCAUUUGAAUUCAAAAUAUAUCCAACAACUGGAUUAGUCAAACUUGUUUUAAAUCUAGUCUUUGUCUUUAUGGAAAUAUGUUAUACGUGUGUUUUUUAGUUACAUCUCACUUUUUUGUUUUUCUCACUGAUCUCAUCUCACUUUUUGAGAUUUUAUUUCAAAUAUGAAAUGGCUUACACUGUAUAUGUAUGGACUAUAUACACAUUAUACUGUACUGUAUUUGUACAGUAUAUGCACAUUAUACUGUAUGUGUAUAUACACAUUAUACUGUAUGUGUAUAUACACAUUAUAAUGUAUGUGUAUAUACACAUUAUACUGAAUGUGUAUAUACACAUUAUACUGUAUUUUCAAAGCCAGACAAUGACACUGACUUAAGUCAAUUCGUCUCCUAUAGAAGUUCUCUGCCUUCUGUGCACAUGACAUUGAAAUGUCCAUUAGUCCUCAAAAGUUGCUGACUUUUUUUGGAGUUCUCCCCAGUUUGUCCCAAUGCUUUGUCUGCACUCAUGUCAGAGCAUUGGAUAGCAAUCUAGCAAUAUUAUGGAAAAUGACUGUUAACAAGAGGACAAUGUAGGCUAAUCAAUGCAGUUUGUGUUACUCUUCAUGCUAAUCAUAACCAAUGGUCCUUCAACCCUCCUUAUUAACCAUGACAGAGUUAAGGACAUGAGGACACAGUCCCUUAAUUGGCAUAGCAUCAUGCAUGUUUGUGAUUACAGAAGUUAUCUCGCUUUAGUCACCUCUGUAUCAUGUAGUGGGAAAUGAAUUGCGUUGUAGUGUAGCCAUCGUGGUGGCUAAAUGAUGGUGGUUGUUUGUAGUAGUUUUAGAGCACUUCAUAGGAAAAUAAAAUGUGUAUCAUUGUGCAAAAGCACCUGUAGUUCUGGGGCUGAACAGAACUGCAGUCAACUAUGCUGUGUGCAUACAUAGCCCAAAAAUAUUUUGGUCUGGGGAAGUGACGACCAUUGGUGUUAUCAUAAGGUCACAUGACUUGCUUUCCAUACGGAAAGAACUCCCAUAUAUGAUAUAUUUGUUUGAUCUCUGUGGCUUUGACAGCCCUGACUUUCUGCCAGGAACUUCAUGUUGGUUAUCUGAAGAGCAGUGUUGUUCCAGAGGUCAAAUGACUAUCAAUACAUCUGUCAAACCAUAUGGUAAAAUCAACUACAACAAUUGCAUUUCUGACUGAACUUCAGGUAAUGCUUACGGUUCAGUUUCAGAUAGCUCUAUGUAUUUGGACGAAUGUUCCUCCAUCAGUGUCAUCAAUACAACAUGUCUCCUUACUCAUGUACAUCCAUCAGUGUCAUCAAUACAACAUGUCUGAGCCUUUUAUAAGGAGACAUGUUCCUCCAUAAGUGUCAUCAAUACAACAUGUCUCCUUACUCAUGUACAUCCAUCAGUGUCAUCAAUACAACAUGUCUGAGCCUUUUAUAAGGAGACAUGUUCCUCCAUAAGUGUCAUCAAUACAACAUAUCUCCCUAUAAAAGGCUCAGUCUGCCUUUCCGAAUGUGGGUUAAUAAUGCACACUUUUGUCUUGAAGGUAUGCAGACCUUUUUACAGAGAAAAUUGAAGUCCUCAGGACUUGGUUGAGAGUCGUCGGGGUGUUAGCAGCUAGGCCAGGGAUGCUAAUUUACCAAUUUAGUGAGAUGGGUCAACAUACAGAUUUACCGUGACUUGACUCGGUGUUGAGGAAUUGGGAUGUCUGAGAUUAGACCAAUGUACACUACCGUUCAAAAGUUUGGGGUCACCUAAAUGUCCUUGUUUUUGAAAGAUAAACACUUUUUCCCCCC